AUGAACAGGAACCGGCGAGCAGGCAAACGUGAAAAUGCAGCCGAUCAUGUUGUUGAUGAACGCCACGCCCAGCAUGCCCUCCAGCACCAUUUCCGGGUACGCGUCCAUGAGGUAGCCCAUGGCGAUGUCGCCGGCCGUGGCGAAGCCGAAGCCGAUGAAGCCCAGUCCGACGGUGUAUGUGACCUUCCAGCUCCAGAGCUUGUCUGUGCCGAUGCCGAAGAGCAGCAGCCCCAGCGGCGAGAUGAUGGCGCCCGGGAACAGGAACCAGAGCCGGAACUCGGCCUCCUGGAUGCCGCCGUUGCGCUUGGCUUUCCAGAUCACAAACCAGUCCGAGAAGUAGCCCGCGUACAGACACCCGAUCAGGGCGCCGAUGACGCACGGCAGAUUCAUCAGCGCAACGCCGGUGUCGGAGUAGUUCCACGGCGCGUCGUAGUACAGGUCGUCCUCUGUGGUGAGGUAGAACGUGAGAAACGCGUCCUGCAGCCCCCAAAGCAGCCCCGACAGCAGCACGGGCGGGAACCAGAACACGCGCAGCAUGAGCACGAGCCGUUGCAGGUACUGCUUGGCGCCAAGCCCGACAAGCGACGCCGACGGCGUGAUCAGCUGCACGCGCUUCCAGUACGGCAGCCGCGGCUCGCCCGCGCCCGUGCCGUACACGCCGGUGACCUCGAUCACGUCGGAGCGGUUGCCAGAGUGCGAGUCGGCAGUUUUGUCGUCCAUUUUUUCGCGCUUCUCUCUCGAGUCGAUCUGCCCUAUGUAGCGCUGUCUGUCGAAGUACGUCUCGUACUGCGUCAGGAACAUCACCGCCAGCAGCACGCCCGAGAUGAUCACGGCGAUCCAGCCGACCCACCGGAACGUGGUGUACUGGACCACGAAGCCGGCUAUGAAAGGCCCCAGGUAGGUUCCGACAGAGGUAGCCAGGAUGUAGACGGUCAGCACUCCGCCGAGCUGGUGCGAAAAGUACAUAUCCGACAGCGAGAGCUGCACCUGGGCCUCUGCGCAGGCCUCAGACGCGCCAACAAACAGCUGCGACCAGAUGGUGUCGCUGGUUGUCUUGGACAGGGCAAACCACACCGCGCCGACGAGGCCGAGCAGUAUGCAGAUGACGUAGCUGAUUUUGCGGCCGUAGAGCGACGAGGCCGGCCCGAGAAUCACGGUGGUGAGCCCGAUGGACGCGAAGAGCACGCCGGCGCCGGUGUUCAUCGAGUCGUACGAGAUGCCGUACAGCUCGUUCAGCGAGUCCUGCGUCGAGCCGGCGUCGUUCGACGUGGCCGCCGUGAACCCGGUGAUGAACGCCAGAAGCGCGAACUGGUACGCCUUGGUCCAGAACCCCCAGUUGAGCGGGUCGUUGGGCGAGUCCGACGGCUGUGGAUGCAGGACGAUGCCGUCCUUGGUGGUCUUGACUGUGCUCGACUGGUCCUCCACAGUGACCUGGCCGCGGUCCAGCUGGUGGACUAA